AUGUCCUUUGAUUCACCCCGACGCGCGCUCUGCCGCGGCCGCUCGAGACUGGAGAACGGGACGGGCGAGCGCACGAGGCGCGCCAAGACCUCCUUCAACCGCGGCGACGGGGUGUCGCCGAGGCUGACAGUGAAUCUGAGCGCGCGCAUCCCGAACCUGCUACCCACUGCGAGGACGGGCGCGUCACGGAAAUGGCCGAAGCCCCACGCGUUCGUCACGUCGGCCACGGUGCGCCAUCUGAGCGUGUCCAAGAUCCCCUUGCCCGCCGCGGCCACUGGCAACUUGCCGCGGCCCUGCGGCCCUGCACGCAGCCCAGAUGUAUGGAGAGUUUGUCGCGACAAAUGUCGCAAUUAG